GAUGAGAUAUUUGAACGAAACAGAGAGUAUUGAAGAGAAAAUCUAUGAGAAACUUUUCAAAGAUUAUCCAAAGACUAGACCAAAAAAGGAUUCGUUUAAACCAGUUAUCGUUGAAGUUGGUUUAAGUAUUCUACAAAUUUUUGACCUAAAUGAACAAACGCAAACCUUUACAACUACCUGCAAAAUAGUAGUAAGUUGGUUAGAUGAUUAUUUGGGUUGGAAUAUCACUCAAACGGGACCAGUUUAUACUCUACAAAUAAAAGGUCGCAAUAUCUGGUUACCAGAUAUUGUUAUAACUAACAGUGCCGCCAAGAUGGACCAAAGAUCAGCCUGGGAAUCCAGCGACGUUCAAAUUACAUACCAGGGCUCCAUCUUUUGGCUAAUAGGCGGUAAAUUGCAAACUUUCUGUCAAUUAGAUAUGACCUAUUUCCCUUUCGAUCACCAACUGUGCCUCAUAACACUUGGAACAUGGUCUCAUAGUACAAGAACUUUAAUUUUAAAGAACUUGUCCUCAACGGUUGAUUUAAGCUUUAUGGAAGAGAACGGUGGUUGGGUGAUUCUUUGGACAAGAGUCGAACCAACAAUUUUUCCGGCUAGUAGAUUCGAAUUAACAAGCACAGUAUCUUAUUUAUUUUGCUUGAAGAGGAGAACUUCUUAUCACAUGAUUAACAUUAUAGUACCUUGUGUAGUAAUAUCGAUUUUAGCCGCAUUGGGAUUUCUAAUACCCAGCGAAGCCGGUGAAAAAAUCUCCUAUGGCAUAACAGUCUUAUUAUCAUUUACCGUAUUCCAAUUAAAAUUAGCCGAUUCCAUACCGGAAAGUAGUCUAUCAACACCAAUUCUGUAUUGA